AUGAAGAAAGUUAUUGUACCAAAACCACAAUUGGUUUAUUCAUCAAUGCCAAUGUCGUCAACAAUAUUAUCAGCACGUUCAUUUGAAAUAUGCCCCCAGAAACUGUCCACUCUUCCACAUAACUUGGAAGCGCCAACUGAGUCGAAUCGAGCCAAGAUGAGAGCACUAAAACCUAAAUUUCCCUCAUUAUGCCCAAUGAAUAGUAAUUUAAUGUACGUUCAAAUGCUCGAAUAUCAAGAAUUGGUCAAUCGGUCUGUUGUUGCCGAAGCUUUUAUCGGUACGAAAGCCCUUGCUUACGCUCAAAUGAUAUGCGGUUCGACUGUCGCCAGCAAUCCUUCCCGAAAACAUUCCUCAAAUCAUGUGGUACCUCGUCUAAUACUGUCGAACCUCCAUGAAGGGCAACUCUUUAUUCAACGCGAAUUCGCACACAGUUCUAUAUUGUGA